AUGGAAAAUUUAAAGGAGCCUUUGGAUUUGAUUAAACAUAGUCUUAACUAAAUUAUAUAGAUAAAGUGCAGACAUUCCAGAGAGUUAAAAGGAAAAUUAUUAGCCUUUGACACUCACUUGAAUAUGCUUCUUGAGGAUGUAGAAGAAUCAUUUGUUUAAGAAAAUAAAAGUAUAAAUGCAGCUGCCUAAAAGUAAACUCGCUGUAUUCCUAUGCUUUACAUGAGAGGUGAUACAAUAAUAACAGUUACUCCUCUUACAAAAGCCUAAAAGUGA